AUGGGCGGCGGACGGGGUCUCAGGAGCAAAAACUCCUACCCAGUCCUGGCCUCCCGCCCGGUCGGCCAGAUCAUCUCGAAGAUCUACAAGGAUAGAAUCAGGUCGUUCUAUUCUCCCGGUCAAUACGAGAAACAUAACCUGCUGGCCAUGAUGUACGAAGGGAUCGCUUCGGGAGAGCCUGCCAUCAAGCUCUCGGUCUGGGACGCACCGGGACAAGAACGCCCGACAUUCCAAGAGGCCACGAAGAACGAAUUUCGAAACACUGGCGUCGGUCAUUCGUUUGGCCCUUCAUGGUCUACACACUGGUUCAGGGUCGCCAUCACCGUCCCCGAAAGUCUCCGCCACAAAGAACACCUCGAGUUGCACUGGGAUGCCGACACGGAGGGCAUGGUCUGGUCCCAAGACGGCCAGGCUCUGCAAGGUCUCACCGGCGGCGGAGAACGCAUCGAGUGGAUUCUACCCGCGUCCUUCCGCGACGGCCGGGAACAUGUCAUCUACAUCGAGAUGGCCUGCAAUCGCAUGUUCGGCAACUCUCCCGGUGGGGAUAUUAUCCAGCCGCCUGAUCCCAACAAAUAUUUCACCCUGAAGAAGGCCGAUAUUGUCGCCGUCAACUUGGAAGCUCGCGCCCUCUACAUCGACAUAUGGAUCAUCGGCGAUGCCGCUCGCGAGUUCCCCGAGGAUAGCUGGGAACAGCACAAGGCUCUCAAGACCGCCAGCGACGUCAUCGACUCCUUUAAGCUGGGCGACAAGGAGUCCAUCGCCAAGUGCCGCAGGAUCGCUCAAGAGUACAUUGGCCCCAACGUCGACUCCCACAAGGUCUACUCAGCUGGCAAGGAUAUCAAGGUCUACGGCAUCGGCCACUGCCACAUCGACAGCUGCUGGCUCUGGCCCUGGGCCGAGACGAAGCGGAAGGUGGCCCGGUCGUGGUCCAACCAGUGCGACCUCAUGGACCGCUAUCCCGAGCUCAACUUCGCCUGCUCCCAGGCCCAGCAGUACCAGUGGCUCAAGCAACUGUACCCCAACGUCUGGGACCGCGUGAAAUCCAAGGUCAGGGCGGGCCAGUUCCAACCCAUCGGCGGCAGCUGGGUCGAGCACGACACCAACAUGCCCAGCGGCGAGUCCCUGGUCCGCCAGUUCGUCUACGGCCAGCGCUUCUUCGAAAACCACUUUGGCCAGCGCUCCCAGACCUUCUGGCUUCCCGACACCUUCGGCUACUCCGCCCAGCUGCCCCAGCUCUGCCGCCUCGCCGGCAUGAACCGCUUCCUGACCCAGAAGCUCAGCUGGAACAACAUCAACAAGUUCCCCCACACCACCUUCAACUGGGUCGCCCUCGACGGCAGCCAGGUCAUCUGCCACAUGCCGCCCUCCGAGACCUAUACCGCCGAGGCCCACUUCGGCGACGUGCGGCGCAGCGUCAGCCAGCACAAGUCGAUGGACCAGGACGCCACCUCGCUGCUCGUCUUCGGCAAAGGCGACGGCGGCGGCGGUCCGACCUGGCAGCACCUCGAGAAGCUGCGACGGUGCCGCGGCAUCGCUGACCAGGUGGGCUUGCUCCCCCGAGUGCACAUGGGCAACACCGUCGACGAGUUCUUCGACUUCCUCGAGCCCAAAGCCGGCGGUUUCGUGACAUGGUACGGCGAGCUCUACUUCGAGCUGCACCGUGGCACCUACACCACCCAGGCGAACAACAAGCUCUAUAACCGAAAAUCGGAGGCCAUGCUCCGGGAGGUAGAAUGGCUCGCCACCGCCGCCUCCCUCAAGGACUCGUCGUAUAAGUACCCCAAAGCCGACAUCGACGCUAUGUGGGAGUCGGUUCUUCUUUGCCAGUUCCAUGACUGUCUGCCCGGAAGUUCCGUCGAGAUGGUUUACGACGAUUCCGACAAGGAAUACGAGAAAGUCUUCCAGACGGGUGAGCGGCUUCUCAAGGACAUCCGUAAAGUCUUGGGAGUCUCCGAUCUCAGGGCUUCUCUCCAAAAUUCCGUUGCCAUCAAUACCCUCCCGUGGCACCGCAAGGAGCUCGUCAACAUUUCGAACGAUGAGGUCGGUGUGGCAUGCGGCGAGGGCCAGUUCUUGGCCAUUCGACCUUUCAAGAUGGUCGAAGAGCAACCGGCCGUCACGGUCGAGGAGGUCCGCAAGGGCGUCUUCGUUCUACAAAACGAUCAGCUUCGGGUGGAGGUCGAGGGCGGUUGUGUCACCUCUCUAUACGACCGCGUCACCAAGCGCGAGGUCAUAGAGAAGGGCGGAAAGGCAAACCAAUACGUCAUCUUUGAUGAUAAGCCCCUGUACUGGCAAGCCUGGGACGUUGAGGUCUACCACCUGGAGACGCGCCAGGAGCUUCCAUGCGGCGAAACGACCAUCUCCGAGAAGAAACCGCACCGGGUAAGCGUUGCCACGAAGAUCCAAAUCAGCGACGCGAGCUCCAUCAAAUCGACCAUCACGUUAUCUGCCGCGCUCAAGGGCGUCCAGUCGUGGGUGGAAUGCCACGCCGAGGUCGAGUGGCACGAGAAGAUGAAGUUCCUCAAGGUCGAAUUCCCCGUCGACGUACGCAGCACGGAGGCAUCCUACGAGACGGCGUUCGGCAUCGUGAAACGCCCCACGCACUACAACACCAGCUGGGACAUGGCCAAGUUCGAGGUCUGCUGCCACCGCUUCGCCGACCUAUCCGAGCACAACUACGGCGUCUCCAUCCUGAACGACAGCAAAUACGGCUUCGCGACCACCGGGAACGUCAUGCGGCUCUCGCUCCUGCGCGCCCCCAAGGCGCCCGACGCCCACGCCGACAUGGGCACCCACCACAUCCGAUGGGCCAUCCUGCCGCACCAGCAGUCGCUGAGCCACACCACCAUCCGCGCCGCCUUCGCCUUCAACCAGCCCCUGCGAGCCGUGGCCUCGUCCCCGGACGUUUCCCGCCUCGUCGCAGCCGGCGGCGGCGGGGCCAACCCGAUCAAACUCCUGGGAGACCCGAACCUCGUGCUGGACACGGUCAAGCGCGGCGAAGACGACGAGGACGUCCGGCCCGGAGACGAGGACGUUGGCGGCAACUUGCCCAAGCGCAAGGGCCGGAACGUCAUAUUGCGCAUUUACGACAGUCUGGGCGGGCGGGGCCGCGGCACCGUCAAGACCACCUGGGCCGUCAGAGCAGUGUUCAAGUGCAACUUGCUUGAGGAUGACCUCGAAGAGAUUCCGCUGCGGGGGGACGGCGAGUUUGACAUUGAAUUGCGGCCGUUCGAGGUGGCGUCGUAUCGCUUGGCUUUGUAG